GAAGGAAACGACCCAGCAGCUGAUCGCAGCGCUGAGCCGGACGCGGUUUUGUAUUGCGCACUGCACGGCUGCGCUGUAGCUUUUAGACUGGACCUGCUCAGCCUCAGCCGGGGUCUGUCAUCAUGGAGGAACAGCACACGACUGCAGCCGAGUGAAGAGGACAAGACGCCGCAUCCGCUCUCUGUUCCGCCUGCCUGAAACGGGUGAUCAACUCCGCCGCGAGCUGCACAGAAGACACCUGAGAGGCGACGGCGAGACAAGAUGAAGCACUUCCUGAGGGUGGUGACCAACUUCUUCGUCUUCCUCUACUGUAAACUUCUUUGGCGAGGCCUGAAGUUUGUCGUCAGAAAGUUCACAGGACGCUGCGAGCUGCAGCGAAUCUGCUACAACAACAAGCAUGGAGCCCGCAGGACCCUCAAGAUAGAAUCAUCUCUGAGGUACUCCAGGAAUGAGCUGCUGCAGUCUGCCCUCAGCGUCCAUCCCGAUAAAGUCGAGAAAACUAUUGAUGACAUCAUGGCCCUGAAGAAGAUCAACCCUGACACCAACCCACAACUGGGCAUCUCUCUUCAGGCCAGCCUGCUGCAGAUCGUGGGCUACAGGAGCCUGGUGGCAGAGGUGGAGAAGCUGCGCAGGGAGCCCUACGACUGUGAAAACCCUGAGCACGAGGACAUGCUGAUGAAGCUAUGGAAGGAGCUGCGUCCUGACACACCUCUCACCGGACGAAUUUCUAAACAGUGGUGUGAAAUUGGUUUCCAAGGGAGCGAUCCAAAGACUGAUUUCAGAGGCAUGGGCCUGCUGGGCCUGCACAACCUGCUGUAUUUUGCAGAACACGACAAGGCUACUGCUCUGCAGAUGCUCCACGACUCCCUGCAACCAAAGCACAACGAGAUAAACAACAAGCCUGAAUGGGAACAGAAGAACCUAGACAAAGCUAUCGGCUAUUCCUUUGCCAUUGUGGGCAUCAACAUCACAGACCUGGCCUACUCUCUGCUGGUGAGUGGAGCGCUGAAGACCCACCUGUACAACGUGGCCCCAGAGAUGCCCAGCCUGCUGCACUUCCAGCAGACCUUCUGUUAUCUGAUGCAGGAGUUUCACCGUUUCUGGAUUGAGGAGGAUCCCAGCGACAUCAUGGAGUUCAACCGCGUCCGCUCCAAGUUCCACCGGAGGAUCCUGCGACAGCUGAAGAACCCGGACAUGGCUCUGUGCCCCCACUUCUCCGCCUCUGACCUGCACCUGGUCAACCUCUAAACACCCCCGACCCGUGACACCUCACCACCGCCCUCACAGAGCCCCUCACGACCCCACAGAGAUCUCCCCUGGAUGUCAGGUAGGCCGAAUAAAAAGCAGAAAUCAGAAAACCCUUCACACUCACAGGGGUGUUCCUCAACCUGCUGGACACACCUGGGGAGACUCUCUUAACCCACCUCGUCCCAGCUAACGUCACGUCGCAUCACUGCCAAAAGCUCACUCAACCAUUGCGUGCGCGCGCACACACACACACACACACACACACACACACUGCCUCUGCAUCCUCACUGCAGCGUCAGACCACCAGCAUCAGAGAUGACCAUAGCGAUUGUAGCCGUGCACGAGGAGGCUGCACCACACCAUCUCUGACUCAUCGUUAUCUGUUGCUUUAAUGAUUCAUGACGAUUGUAUCACAGCCGUUACGCCUCACUUAUGGAUCCUGUGCUCAUUUCUGACAACAAACCAAAUUUACCUUCUCAGCUAAAAAUCCCUCUCAGAUUGCGACGUUGUGCUCAUCACUUCUGAAUAUUUUGGCAAUUAGCUGGGCAGGCUUUCAGACCAUGCUCAAACGCAUCAGCAGUAUUUUGUAUUCAAAGUGAAGAGCUAUAGAUAUAUAAUGUAAGUUUAAAUGAUUUAUUAAAGCAUAAAACAAAUGUUGCUGGCGUUGAUUCAAUCAGAAGCUAUUAAACAAUAAUCUAGGGCCGGUUCAUCUCUUAACUUUGUCUGUAUUAGGCGAUUGAAAUAGAUUGUACUGUACUUUUUAAGUCAACAUGACAUUAACACCUAAGAAUUCUCCUUGCCAAAAUGUCGAAUGUGGAGAACUUAAAGUCACAGCAGCCGUUUGUGUUUUUUUGUAAGCUCAAAUGUAAGUUUUGUAAACCUGCCAAAUGAUGUUCAUAAACCUUUCAAACUCACUUUUCUGUUCAGUUACACAUUGAAUAUGUGUUAUUAGGCAUCACUGAUCCCUCCAACGCUAAGAGUCCUCCAUCUCUUUUGACUGUUUUAUCCAGAAAAAUAAUUUAAAAAUAUUUUACGAACAUUUUUUUACAGGUUUGCAAAGUUUUUGCCUUUGAUUUGACCCCAUGCAGAGGUUCUGUCAUGAAUGUCCCGCACAUGCUCACAUUUCUGAUUGUUUGAUUCUAUUUUAAUUCAUUGAAUGUGACGCUGUUUCCACUGUUGUAUCAGCCAAAGCAAUAAUUUACAUUCAUUACUCUGCACAUUUCUUUAAAUGUAUUGAUUUGCACCACGUGUGCCUGAGCGUUUGUUUUAGUUUCCAACUCAGAGCUGGAAUGCUGAUCAGUUCGUAGCUGCUGCGUGUAGCGUUUGAUGGCGGUCGGACAUUAACAUUCAACUGAGAUUACAUUAGUGUAAUUACUGCAAACAAAUCUGGCAGAUUUUACAGUCUUCAGAUUUGAAAUCUGCUGAAUUUGCUUUAUGGCAGUGAAACUGUUUGUCCUCCCCAGUAAAGCCAAAGACACGGAGGACUUGGGGUGUGGUGUGCGACAGGAAGCAGCAGAGUUUAUGGAGAAUGUGGUCUAACCUGAAAGUGCUACACAUAGCAGCUUUGAGAAACAUCUGUUAUUAUCUCUACCAAAUAAGACAUGAAAUGUAGAGCUGCUCCAUAGAGGAAGAAUUAGGUGUUUAAUAUUAAAACACAGCAGAGAGCUGAGAGUGAAAACGUGGACGCGUUGACCGGCCAGUCAACGCACCAGCUGUCCCGGACCAAACACACAAGGGCAAGAAAUGACUUUUUAUUUCCAUGGUUAGACCAGAAACUGCUUAAAUCGGCCACAAUCCAAUUAGUAUUUUUGUGUGAAAAAGUCAGCAUAAUUUGGUGCAACAGACAUGUUUUUGCUGCUUUCCCAUCUUGUCGAUUGCCGUGCGAUUCCCUUUGCUUGUCCUGAGGGAAACGACUCCAUUCAAAAACAUAUUACACACACACACACACGAACAUCCAAUUCAUUAUCUAUGGAGCAUCGUUUUGAUUGUUAUCUCAGCUUUGAGCCAUACUUUAAGUUUUCACUGAAAGAAAAAUCAAGAAAAGCCCAACCCUGACAGGCGUGUCCUUCUUCUUCUUCUUCUUCUUCUUCUUCUUCUUCACGGCUGCAUUGCUUCCCUCGAACACGUGACCACUGUAUUUAACAUUCAUGAGACGAUGCUGACAGCUCUGACAAAUGUCUCCUCAUCACAAAGCUGAAAACGUAUGAUAUUAUUUUACUGCCAUGCUUGCCCUGUUGAUUGUGUUUUAAUAGUGCCGAGUAUCUUUGUCCCAUUGAAGUGAUGCUUUUUGUCAGUAUUAUGCAGCGGUUUACUUCAGUGAAUGUCAGUGCUGGUUUCAUCUCCCGCUCGCAUUUUGUUUUGCUUUGCUAUGGUCAGCUUUGCACUAUUGUAAAAAUAAAGAUGCAGUUUUCUUUAUGAUGGUUAAUAAGUAACUUGUGGUGUUAGGAGUAUAAGGGCCAGUGUGUCCCAUGAUACUGUAGAUGAAGUUAAGUACAUGCUGCUGUAUAUUCUGCUUUGAAACUGACUGUAAGAUCACACGCUCUGCAUGAUGAUAUUUUAACUGUCACCACUGAGAAUCACAUUCUUUACUCCUCAGAAAGGCCUAAAAUACUCAUAGAUAUUGUAACUGUGUGCUUCAUUUGUCUGUGCUGUACUUUUUGAGACCACAAUAAAAAUUAAAUGUCAGUUAAAA